AACCCGCGACAACAGAGCAGGGAAACUCAUCGGAAGCAGGGGGUAUGAGCGAAUGUGCAGAUUACAAUUGAACUAAAUUCUCUUGCAACAAUAACUGGCCGACUAUCUCGAUUUUAAAUAAAUACAUAAAUACACAUAUAGCUAGUUUUCUCAACAACAUUUGCUUUUUGGUUAGCCAGCUAGGCAUGCACUGGAAAAAGCAAGGUGUCAAGCUGUCAUAGUGAUAACUUGGUUAUCAGUUACUGAGGCAGCUCAUCCUCGCUUGUGAGCUAGUUAGAUAAGCCUUUUAUGUUUAUAGAUUCUAUCCGGUUUCGGGAAACAUUUUAAUCACGAAAAUCCACUGACCGUUAUCUGGCUGGCUAGCUAGUCCCCUUGGUCCAGCUCUGGCAAGAAAGACAUCUGACUGCAUCCUCACAGAAUGAACGAAGACGAGUUGGUAGAGUAUUUUAGGGCUCAGAUGAGGCAGGAUCCGGAUGUGGCCUCUGCUGUCGCAGCCAUCCGCACUCUACUAGAGUUCUUAAAAAGAGACAAAGGUGAAACGAUCCAGGGUCUGAGGGAGAACCUGACGCAGGCCAUUGACCGGCUGACGGGAGUGGACUCCUCUGUGGCCGUGUCCUCAGGAGGAGAGCUUUUCCUGCGUUUCAUCAGCCUCACGUCCCUGGAGCACGAUGAUCUGUCACGAUGCAAGAAAGUUAUGGUUGAAAGAGGGGAACUUUUCCUGAAGAAAAUCUCUCUCUCCAGGAACAAAGUCGCCAAGCUGUGCCACACUUUCAUAAAAGACGGAGCGAAAAUCCUGACGCACUCGUCCUCCAGAGUGGUGCUGAGGGUGCUGGAGAAGGCAGCGGCCGAGAAGAAGCGCUUCACCGUGUACGUCACAGAAUCCCAGCCGGACUCCGCAGGGAAAAAAAUGGCAGAGGCAUUGAGAAAUCUCAACGUUCCUGUCACUGUAGUUUUAGAUGCUGCCGUGGGGUACAUCAUGGAGAAGGUGGACCUGGUGAUAGUGGGAGCGGAAGGAGUGGUGGAGAGCGGAGGAGUCAUCAACAAGAUCGGUACCUAUCAGAUGGCCGUGUGCUCCAAAGCGCACAACAAGCCCUUCUACGUGGUGGCAGAGAGCUUCAAGUUCGUCCGGCUUUAUCCUCUCAACCAGCAGGACGUCCCCGACAGAUUUAAGUACAAGGCAGACACGCUGAAGACGGCGGAGAAUCUAAACGAGGAGCACCCCAUGAUCGACUACACGCCCCCCUCCCUCAUCACACUGCUCUUCACGGACCUGGGCGUGCUCACCCCCUCUGCAGUCAGCGACGAACUCAUCAAGCUUUACUUGUGACAAGCCUGGUAACGUCAAUAAAAUACAACCAACAAAGAUG